CUGUACACACUGGUUCGUACUCCCGAGCUGCUGUGUACAUAUUGAACUGUGCUUCCAACAUAUAACACAACAGCAAACAUGGAAGACGUACUGGAUGAGGUUGUAUCGUCAGAAGAUUUGAAGAAAUAUGAGCGUGUUUAUCAUGAACAGCUUCAUAAAGGACCUGUAACACAGAAAGCACAGUUUGAGUACGCUUGGUGCUUAGUGCGAAGCAAGUAUCCAGCGGACAUUAGGAAAGGUAUCAUUCUUCUUGAAGAACUUUACCAGAAUGGUAAUGCAGAAGGAAGAAGAGACUAUUUGUACUACUUGGCAAUAGCAAAUGCUAGAAUAAAGGAAUAUACUAAAGGCCUGCAUUAUGUCAGAGAAUUUUUGAAAAUUGAGCCGGGAAAUCAGCAGGUUCAUAAUUUGGAAACAUUAAUCAAGAAAAGGAUGGAAAAAGAGGGUCUGAUGGGAAUGGCUAUGGCAGGUGGCGUUGUCUUGGCUAUUGGUGGAUUGGUUGGACUAGGCUUGGCAUUAUCAAGAAAGUAGCACAAAGACAUCAUUCAUCACUGUGGCUUGGUUGUGGUUAUGCCUGGUCAGGAGUAUUAAGUAACAUCUUGUAUCAAGUUCCAAGAAUACGUGCUACUCCAGCCUGCAUAUCUGACUGGGAGCACAUCAUCUUGACUGGUGUUGCAAGUGAUAGGUGUUAGGAAUUUCGUUUUAUUGAAAGUGAAAUAAUUGCUUGAGUUCUGUGUUGCAUUCAUUUUUUUUGUUUGUUUGAUUUUUGUGGAAAGUAUCUUAUUUUUUAAAUACUUGUAUGAUAUUAUUUCUGUGAUAAAAUAUCUAAUUGCUACUUAUUAUAUUGUCUGUUUGAGAAUUGUUUAGAUGUAUUGUUCCUUCUGUACUAGUUGCACAUAUUCCACAACAUGAAAAUAUUUAAGGCAUGUAGAAAUACACAUGCAUAAAAUUACACCUGAAGCUGCUUAUAGCAACAUUUUGGAUUAAGAAAUAUGUUCAAAGUGUAUCAUGAAUGUGAUUUUAGUCUUAAUUUCAUCAGCAACUGAAGUAGCAGCAAACACUUUGUAAUACUAAGUCUGAAAUUUGCCCACUUUUGUGCCAUUAGUAUUGAACUGAUCAGGGACAUUCCAGAAUAAAAUAUGGAACAGAAUCAUAAGUAAAAAUGUAUAUAAUUUGCAUUAAAGUAGAAUUGUAUUGGUAUCUACCAUUGGAUGUACAGUAUUUUGUAUUUCUGCAGUUCAUCAUAAUUGUAAUUUUA